AUGGUGGUCUGCAAGUUCUUCCAGCAGGGCAACUGCAGGUUCGGAGAUGGUUGCAAGUUUGAACACCCAGGCAGUUCAAGAGGCUUCAAUUCGAAUUCGAACUCCAACACGAAUAGAUUCGCCCCUCUCUCGGUGCAAGGCCAAGGGCAGAAUCAGCAGCGUGGCAGAUCUGGUGCAGUAGGCGGUGGAGCAACACAAUCUGAGCCCUUCAACGUCACCAACGCGAACAUCAAGCAGGAUCUUAGCAGCAUAUCUGGCGGCGACCCUCCUGGAGAUCGACCAAUAUGGCCGCUCUCUUGUUACGCGCCCGGCAACAAGCCACCCCGGCAGCUGAUAGAAGGUGACCUCGAGCAAAGCCCGGAAGAAAUGCGCGUGAAGUACUACAUCGCAAAAGCUGCGGGUCGCGAACAAGAAUACGCGAAUCAUGAACGCGACCUGCUGAACCAGGUCGAGCAAAAGGUUCAAGCAAUCUUGAACGACGUCGAAGGCGCGAAGAAGUACGUUGUCGACGGGCAGUACGAGCAUCCCAACCGGCUUGACCUCGAGACUAAGCCCACGCAACCUUGGAACAAGCCAACUGGCGGCUUCGGACAGCCAGCCGCACAGACAUCCGCCUUCGGUGCACCUUCAGCACCUGCUACUAGUGGCGGUUUUGGCCAAACCUCAUCCUUAGGUGGUGGGAAUGCCUUCGGUCAGCCAUCGAGAUCUGGGUUUGGUCAGACUUCGCAACUCGGCGCUAGUAGUACUGCCAGUGCCGGUGGCUUUGGUCAACCGUCAGCUCUUGGCGGAGGCGGUGGUUUUGGGCAAACAUCGAACAUGGGCCAAAGACCUAGUGCAUUCGGUGCACCGGCACAGCCUGGCUUUGGUCAAUCUGGCUUCGGUGCAGCGGCCAAGCAGUCACCGUUCGCUGCACCAGCACAGACAGCACAGGCAGCGCCGGCGUUUGGAAGCUCGACAGCAUUUGGUGCUGCUACCAAGAAGCCCUCGCCAUUCGGCAGUCCACAGCCUGCGCAGUCCAGCAGUACAGCAUUCGGUCAGCCUUCGGCAUUUGGUGCGGCGAGCAGACCGUCACCUUUCGCAGCAGCAAGCCAACAGCCUUCUACCGGCUUCAUCGGCGCUGCUGCAAACCCUUCACCAUUCGGACAGAAGCCUGCUUUUGGCCAGUCUGGUCUUGGCUCAUCAUCGGGAACAUUUGGGACAGGUUUUGGACAGCGCAGCGUCCCCGCGGGCUUCGGCGCUCCUUCCCAGCCAACUUCAGGCUUUGGCGCUGCCUCCCAGCCAGCCACAACAGGAGGCUUUGGCGCUCCCUCCCAGACCGCCGCACCAGCUUUCGGUGCUCCUACACAACCCGCUGCAUCAGGAUUCGGCGCCCCAUCGCAACCUGGCGCCGCCAACACAGGAUUCGGCGCCCCUGCACAGCCUGUCACAUCAGGCUUCGGCGCACCUGUACAACCAGCAGCACCAACUGGGGGUUUCGGCAGCACCACCCAGCCAGCAGCCGCGCCAAACACUGCUCAACCCGAGUUACCACUUCCUUCGCACUGGCAUGGAAUGCAAGUCAUUCCAGACGAGCAGGACCCCAAGAUCGGCUACUAUAUGAAGCACGCGCCAACACAGAUCGAUCCUAAUCAUCACAAGAAAGAGCGGAUCUGGUUCCCGCAUGCGCGUUACGGCAAGGAAGUCCCAGACGCCGAGCCGCCAAAAGAGAUACUGGAUAGUGACUUAGGCAGGCAACUGAAGGAGUUGUACGAUUUUGUCACAACGAAUGGGGCGUUCAAGGAUGGGGUCGUGCCUGAGAUUCCGCCGAAGAGGGAGUGGGUUGGCUGGGACUUCUAA